GCCUUCCAGUGACCAACAUUUCUUUUAUUUCAAUGUUUGAUGACAGUGUGUCCCUCCUGAUAUGUUGCUCUGCAGUCUUUGAAAUCCAUGUAGCUUCCAGGUGGAAGCUAUGAGAAGCUUACAUUUCAUAUUCCUUACUAUUUGAUUAAUUUUAUUCAUUUGGUAAAAUCCUUGUAAUAUACACUUAACCUAAUCACGGGCCCAGUGAAAAUGAAAUUUAUGACAUUUACACUUUCCACUAGGUCACAAGAGACAAGUUAAACGAAAUUAAAAGUCAUUACUCAAUGCUGUAACAGACUCUUAACUCUUCCAUAAACCUGCCAUUCCUUAUUGCUUGCUUUUAUAGCCAUGUAAUCAAAAAUAAACAUCAAAACCUAUCACCAAAUAAAGUCAAGAAUCUGGGAUAUGUUAUAGGGUCGGUAUUUAUGAAACAACCUCUCCAAGAUUUGGUUAGGUGUGAUUUUUUUUACACACGCAUUAUUCGGAAAAAUGUUUAACCCAAAUUUACAGAAUGAAUGCAGAUGCCAUCUUGGUGUCCCUUGUAGGGGCACCAAUAUGGUGGUCAUAGAGUAACAAAAACCUCUGUCAUUGAGAUUUGCUUUUAAAUUGCACAGUUGUUAAUCUAGAGCUCCAACACAUUGAAAUUAAUACUUUGUCUGGUGUAAAAACAGUUCAGUUAGUAAAGGCUUGAAAGAAAAUUCGUCUGUUGACCUAUGCCUUCUCGGGUUGCCAUUUUGAUGUCACACAAAACAAGAGGGUGGAAAUUGAAACUUCUCAUAUUAGAAAACAAACAAUACUGUCAAGUUACAACUUUGUAAAAAGUCAAUUUGUUAUAGGGUUUAAUAUCUGAUGAGAUUAAAACCUAAGAAGGACAGGUAAUGUUUACUUUGGAAUAUGACAAUGUCUCUGGCAAUACAAUCAAAACUCUCUCGAAAGACUUGUUCCUGCAGUGCAAUUAUUUAACCCAGUUCAACCAGACUAUUAAGCUUUCUCCAGAUUUUUGCUAUCAUGCAGGUAUAAUCUGCUGUAAGUAUGUACUGAAUACUACUGAAUAUUCUCAGUACAUGUCAGAAUCGCUAAGGGAAUUUACUUUAGUUUUGUUUCAUCACAGUCAUAUCAAGUCUUACUCUAGAUUUAGAGAUUUUUCAGUAUCAAAUUUUCUCCUUUAACGGUGUACUUUUCUGUAGCAAGGAAUUCAUUAUUCGAAAUAGGUUUCAGUACGGACAGUGCCGACAGAUCGCAUUUAAAUUUUUGCACGUUCUUAGCGGCAAAUAUAGAAAUUGUUUCCAUCUUGAUUUCAUUAUAAUGCUUUACAGCAUAAAACUAAAUGCUGAUCAGGAACCUAUAGUUACAUUUGCUGCCAAGGGGCACAACCUUCUGAUCACCGCCCAAGCUGGAGUUGGGAAAAGUGAAGUGGUUAAAUGAAUCAUAUCAGAUGCAAAAGCACUGGAAGAAAGGUGCGAUAUGUUUGAGCGGAAUCGCCUCCCAAGUUUACGACCAUGGAGUUGCGUCGAUGGUCCAUUCACUUUAUGGGUUAAUGACAGCCAAAUUGCCAUGGUGGUAGGUUAUCGACCAAUAUUUGUGCAACUCUCUGGUUUGCAACCGUGUGAAGGCUGUUGAUGUGAUCAUAUGGGAUGAAGCUAGCAUGUCCAGUAGGAAAAUGUUGGAGUUAGUUAACACAUUGCACCAUGACCUUGCCAAUCAUUUAGGUCACAUGUAUCCAUUUGUGGGAAAGCAACUGAUUAUUUGGGUGAAUUCCUCAAGUUGCAGCCUGUUCCAAACAUGUUCGACGAAGGUUGUUACAUGUUUGAGUCACCUGUUUAACCAUGUCAUUAGUCACAGAUUUGCGCUUACCCAAGUCACGAGUCAAUCUGAAGAGGACCAAGAAUUUCUGAAAGCGCUGUUACAAAACAGAGUCUUACCUUUGCUCCUUGAGCAGAGAGCUGACACGUUCAUUAAAGAAAUGUGCACUGCACAUUUUCUUCUGUAACAUAACGGUCAUGUUAAUGAACAGGGAAGAGCUUGACAAACUUCCAGGAACAAUGUUAACUUUUGAUGCACCUUACGAGAACAAAAACUCAAGUAGCAUAAGCUGGCUGGGCAAGCGCAUUUUUCAACUCAAAACAGGAUGCAAAGUAAUGCUUGUGUGGAACAAGUCGGAUGACUUUAAGAAUGGAAGUACUGGUAUCUUUAAAGGUGAUGGGUGACAUUAACUUCAAACUGAACAAGUUUGACAUGGUGGUGGUCAACAAGGCUUCUUUGGUUUCCCCAGAGACCUUCCACCUUAUGGCCAGUACUUUCAAUUGGCUGACUGUCCGUCCAGUGGUGGUCAUCGCCGGCAACAAAUGUCAACAGCGACCCCUCCAGAUGGUAGACAGCAGGGUCAGCGCCAGUCUCCAUAUAAUCAUCACUGAAAACACGGAUAAGGCCGGCCGAAUUGUGAACGGACAGGACGCUGUUGUGCUCUCCCGCCAGACUAAUACCAUAGUCAUCCAGUUUCCCGACAACCAACGCGCCUUCAUUUGCCCAUUCACGUACCACUUGAACAGACAGGGGGACAUCAUGAGCUAUCCAUUGACUCCUGCUUACGCCAGGACCACAUCCAAGUCUCAAAGAAAAAACCUGAAACAUCUUUUGCUCUGACUGGACUGGUGACUGUACCCCCAGCCUGGCGUACGUGGCUCUGUCUAGCGUCCGCAAAAAGUCUGACCUAUCCAUACUUCAACCCAUGGUUGCUGCCCAAGUGCUGCCCAUCAGGACUUAAAUGAACACUAUCUCUUCUGCUGCAGUCUGGUCAUAGCCAGUUGAAAAGUCUGUUGUCUGCGAUUCUUCCAUGUAACGUGUUUAAUCUUUGCAGAUGUCAAAGACCUCUGAAUCCAUCAAUAGUUCCUUCUCCUUGUUUGGGAAGAACACCAACUACAACAAGAAUUUUCCCAGGAACCUGAGAGGAAGGAACAUCUCAGAGGAAGGCAUCCUGCAAGGCCUGCAUGACUGGACUUGUGAGUGGCUAAAACGGUCCAACAUAUCCAUCUCAGAAAUGGCUAGGACUCUCAAGGACAAUCUUCCGUUGAUAAAACAGUACAGUGUCACCCUGUUUAACAGCCACUUAAUGUGUGAUCUCCUGGAACCCUUCCGGCGACUUCGCGAGGCUCUGGUAAAACUCAACGAAAAAGACAAGUUCAACGAGCCCGCCAGCAAAGAUGUCAUAUCUCUAUACUCUGGUUCAUUGACGAGAAUCCCGCAUUGGACCAGGCCAUACGCGACGCCUUUAACACAGCUAGAAAAAUGAUGAUGGUCAGCAUUCAUCUCAUGGUCACAUAGACCCUCUUGCGGGAUCUGGCAGAUUUUGCUGCAAAGACUGCCAGGACGCCUGCCAAUGAAAACUUCAAACAAGAACCCACACCCAAAACAAUUCGGGAGUAUCUCCUAGACUCUGUCAUCAAGGUGUCGCCCAGUACCUAGAAACGUCUCCAUCUAGGACAAUGAGACAACGACGAGACAGCGGCCACUGCUGUGCCAAGACGCCGAUUCCAGAGAACAGGAAGUAGUCGUCAAAGAGGCUCCUUCGGCUGGGAACACUUGCCCCCUGGACCAUUUAGACCAGAGUCCUUUGACCUGGAGUCCAGCUAAUUGGUCGGCUGGCUCGCCCUAAGAAACUCCCUGCCGCAACAAAACAGCCAGGAAACAACGGAAACAGCCAGUGCCUGUCCAGUCUGAGGACAAAUCUUCUGAUGGUCUUUACGCAGAGGAAUCCAGUGUCGAGGCUGGAAAAAAUGGCUCAAUUUCCUCUAUGCCAAGGUCUAGCCCCAUCCAGUCCUAAUCAUCAUUCUCCUCUUCCUCUGAUUCCUCAGAGGAUGACACAACAGUAAGCAAAAACAAGCCUAAGGCGCUGAUAAGAAAUACGCCACAUCCUGGGCUAAUGUCUCCUCGUUGUCCAAAGGAAAGCAGCCUACAAAGGUGCCCGCCACAACCACAACUGCAAAACCCAAGGGCAAGGAGGCUGCAGCCAAACCCUCUGAAAAGGAUGCAAAAAACCAGAACUCGUUCUUGUAAUCAAAAGGAUCAAAGAAAGAACAACAGCUUAAAAAAACAACAGUAACACCUGAACUCCAAGUAAAUUGCUUUUAAUUGGCGGUUUUAAUUAACAAAAUUUCUAA